CUUUCUCACACUGCCGUCUCUUUCCCUCUUACAAUUGUUUGAAAGGCACCUGCGUAUAAGUUUUAAACGUUGUUUAAAUACUCAUCCGGUUUCUGUGAACACGAGUAAAGUUUUAAUCACAAAGGAACUGCAAGUUAUAUCCAGAUUUUGUUUAAGACAUUGUAACUUCUUGAAAGGUUUCUUUAAUAAAUAUAAAAUGGAAGGACCGGAGGUUUUACAUGUAGAAAUCUGUCGAAAUAUCAACAGUACUUUGUCGAAUAAUGAGAUAGAGAAAUUAGCAUAUGCAGAAAUAAAUGCAUUGGAAUAUGUGACAUUAGAUGUUACUAUGCAUGGAGAAAAUCUCUCGAAUAACACUUUAAAAAAUCAUGUGGAUUCUAUAAUAUGUUCUACAAGCCAUGGAGAGAGAACUAAUAUGAAAGUACAAGGUGCAGCUUUAAAGUUUCAUGUAUAUAAUUUAACUCAAGAAGAUGCUGCGACAGAAACAAUGCAAAAUGACUCUGAAGAUUUGCCAGUAUCUUCACAUUGGAUUUUACCUACAAAAGAAUUUCAUUCUUUGUGGGAGAAUCUUUACUUCGAUUCGAACAUAAAGGAAGAUUUGUUACAUUUUGUAGAAACAACAAUGAUAUUUUCAGACCAUAGUGUUAAUUCCAAUAUUAUAAAUUGGAAUAAAGUGGUAUUAUUACAUGGCCCACCAGGUACUGGUAAAACUACCCUGUGUAAAGCUUUAGCUCAAAAAGUAGCCAUUCGUUUAGGAGAGCGAUUUACUCAUGGUGAAUUUGUUGAAAUAAAUAGCCAUAGUCUUUUUUCAAAGUGGUUCUCUGAGAGUGGAAAACUAGUUAUGAAGCUAUUUAAAGAAAUAAGAAACUUGCUUGAAAAUUCACAAGCAUUUGUUUGCAUUUUAAUUGAUGAAGUAGAAUCUCUAGCACAUGCUCGUAAAUCGUGCGCUAACGGAAUAGAACCUACUGAUUCUAUAAGAGUAGUAAAUGCAUUAUUAACACAGUUAGACCAAAUAAGAAGAUAUCCAAAUGUUUUAAUUUUGACAACUAGUAAUCUGUCUGAAGCUAUUGACGUAGCGUUCAUUGAUAGGGCAGACAUAAAACAAUUUAUUGGACAUCCUACUUAUCAAGCUAUAUAUAAAAUUUAUGCUUCCUGCCUGAAAGAAUUAAUGAGGGCAAAACUCAUGGAACCAGAAGAGAUUUUUGAUUUACCUUAUUUGAAGAAGUUGGGCUAUGAAAAAAAAAUGAGCACAACGAAUAGUCUUAAGUUAAUGGAUCUUAGUCAGGAAAGUUUUGGUAUGAGUGGACGAAGCUUAAGGAAAAUUCCAUUUCUCGCCCACGCUUUUUAUUUGCGAACUAAACGGUGCACUUUGACCAAAUUUUUAAGAGCGAUGCAUCUAGCUGUUAAAAGACAAAAGAACAAUGAGACUGAAGAAGUUAUUCAAGUGCUGCAAGCUCUGGAUUUCUAAUUAAGUUUUAUUUAAUAUUUUUUACACAUUAUAUUUAUUUUAUCAUAUUUGCGUUAUAUUUUUAUCACAAUGUAUAAGAAGCAAGAUCUGCUUUGUUCUUUUUUUAUUCGUAAAAGCAUCACAUAGUGUCUCUUAAUGGACAGUGUUGCUGUUAAAGCCAGUAAUCACCAAAAAAUUGAAACACUUCUUCUUCCAAUCGAUUCUUUGACUACUGACUUAUUUAACUUGUGGAAACAAAUUUUAUAUUAGCAGUAUGAUCUAUUGAUAUACCUUGUAAAUUUAACUGAAUACAUUUUCAUUUUUUUUUACCAAAUAAAAAUACCUUUUAUUUUGUAAUUACAAUUUUGUUUCAAGUGAGAUUAAAAAUAAAUAAUAUAGACUCACAAUA